UGUGGGGGAGUGCGCUCUGUGGUGGGAUGAAAGUGUGAGAUGAGCUAAUAUUUUUGCAGAAAAUGUUUUCGCCCCCGAGUAUUUUUGGGAGUGGGAGACAAUAUCAAGCAAAUGGAACAAUAUCGGAGAAUGACCUAUUUUCAACGACACUAAAUCUACCUUAUUGUGACACACUGGACACAUAAAGGUGCUUUCGGUGGCUUUUGAAGAUGCCAACUGGCACAGAGCUUUAGGCUGCUUGACAUAUUGUGUUAUUUUGAUAAUAAACACAUAUGCUUUAGCCUCCUUAGGCCUACAUUCUAUAAUAAUGGAACAUUUGCAGAUUGUGUAGCCUCAUUUUUUUUUUUUUAACUACAACAGCAUUUUCGCCAGGACACAAUUCUCACAAGCGGCUUUCAGAGACACAUGCGAGCUGUUCGUUCUGCUGCCUCUGUCGAGGAUCUGCCCUUCCGUCAUUUGAAACAGGGACGGCAUCCUGACCCUUCGUUGUGUGAAACGAUACUCGGGCGAUUCCUGCUGUCCGAACAAUCUGCGGCACCGCGCUGAGUGGGUCACUAUCUGCAGGGAGAGGGAGGAGGACGAGCACGUUGCCCGCUGUCCCCGCAUACUGUACAGCCAUGGAGCCGUUACCUGAGCAGAACUGCACCAUGUCGAAAAAGAGCGUCAUAGCUCAAAUCUUCAAAGUUCGCAAGAGGAGACAGAUGCUUUUCGUUCAAGUCUGUUUUAUCUGCAGUAUUUUAUCUUUGACGUGGUGCAUGUCCGCCCUGCUCACAAAAACAGGACAUGGUCUGGUCCUGGAGCAGGGGCUGGUUGACACAACAAACCGUCUGGGACGCAGGCUGAUGGCCGUGGACGGAGACAAUGACACACUGGAUAAGAACUGCACAGAGCCAGCCAUCAAUGAGUUCCCUGAGGAUGUCUUCACCACCUACCAGCGCACCAGAGGAGCUGUCCUGCUGCACAUAUUUGCGGCCCUCUACAUGUUUCUGGCCUUGGCCAUCGUCUGUGAUGACUACUUUGUGACGUCAUUGGAGAAGAUCUGUGAGAAACUGGACCUAAGUGAAGAUGUGGCAGGAGCUACUUUCAUGGCUGCUGGCAGCUCAGCACCAGAGCUGUUUGCUUCAAUUAUAGGUGUCUUCAUCACUCAUGGAGAUGUUGGUGUUGGAACCAUAGUGGGCUCAGCGGUGUUCAACAUUCUAUGCAUCAUCGGUGUGUGCGGAAUCUUCGCUGGACAGGUAGUAUACCUGACUAAGUUUGCAGUGUUCCGUGACUCGCUCUACUACACCCUGUCUGUGUUGGCAUUGAUUGCAGUCAUUUACGAUGAGAAGAUAGUGUGGUGGGAGAGCUUAGUGCUAGUACUGAUGUACUUUGGGUACAUUCUGAUCAUGAAAUUUAACACCAGCAUCCAGAACUAUUUCACAGGGAAGGAAGACAAGAGCUUGGCCAAUGGUAACACAGUGAUCAGCAGCGAGCUGGAGGAUGUGAAGCCCACUAAGAUGUACAGUCGUGGCUCUGUGGUGAUGGUGGAUGAGAUGAUCAACUCCAGCCCUCCUAACUACAGUUUCCCAGACGCCGGCCUGCGCAUCAUGAUCACCAACCAUUUUGGCCCCAAGACACGCCUCCGCAUGGCCAGCCGCCUCAUCAUCAAUGAGCAACAGAGGCUGGUGCAGGCGUCUAACGGUGUGGACAACGAAACCAUGGUGAUCACUGAUGGUAAACCUGAGACCUUGGAGAACGGCACCGUACCAGAGGACAAGACUGCAGAGGAAGAGGAGGGAGAAGCCCUGAACUCACCCUUCACCAUCCCUGGGGGCUGCAUGGAGAAGGUGAAGUGGCUGAUCUCCUGGCCCAUCCUGUUGCUGCUCUACUUCACUGUGCCAAACUGUGCCAAGCCUCGCUGGGAACGCUUCUUCAUGCUCUCUUUCUUCCUCUCCACCGUGUGGAUCGCCGUCUUCUCCUACUUCAUGGUCUGGAUGGUCACCAUAAUUGGCUACACUCUGGGCAUCCCUGAUGUGAUUAUGGGCAUCACCUUCCUGGCAGCUGGCACCAGUGUCCCCGACUGUAUCGCCAGCCUUAUUGUUGCUCGUCAAGGUCUUGGGGAUAUGGCGGUUUCCAACACCAUUGGUAGUAAUGUCUUUGAUAUCUUGGUGGGACUGGGGCUCCCCUGGGCGAUACAGACCAUGGCUGUGGACUAUGGCUCUGAGGUGAUGAUCAACAGCAGAGGGCUGCUCUACUCUGUGGUGCUGCUUCUUGGCUCUGUGUUUCUGACAGUUCUGGGGAUCCAUGUGAAUCAUUGGAAGUUGGACCUGAAGCUGGGUGUGUACGUGCUGGUGAUGUACGUCAUAUUCCUGUGUUUCUCCAUCAUGAUCGAGUACAACGUCUUCACCUUCGUCAAUCUGCCCAUGUGUCUGGAGCAGCUGUAGGACGGCCACUGGACCAGAACGGGAGUCCCUGCUGAGUUAUAGACUCAAACAGCCCUCUGGAUCUAAACUUAAUCGCUAACUAACACAAUCAUUUCUAUAAUUGUACAUUUCCACAUACACUUAUUUUACACACUCCUUCCCCAUUCCAGACGUAUUUGUCUGCCCUUACUAUACCCCUUUUACGUUCCUCCACUAUCUAUCCAUAAUGUACAGUUCCCUAGAUCUUUACAUUCAUCCACAAUAUCCUCUGUCCCCCAAACAACACUACCUACACAUGCUUUUGUGCUGUCAAUUAGAGGAGGAGAUACGAACAGAACCGUAUGGAUUCUCCUUACUAACUCAGAGGAACAGAUGGCUAUUCUGUCUUUCCCUGCAGAGCGCAUAUCACCAUCAGAAGGAAAGAAACACAGCUCACCUCUAAACAGAACCCACCUGCUUGAAACCCUCCUAGUCUCUACAAUAUAUCCCUGGACCACCAUGACACUACCUUCCUCGUCUGUUUGUAUCUCAUCCGGUCUGGGAGGACCCGAGCAGCCCUCUCCGUAUAUUUAUGAAUUCUUCAUUUAUUGCCAUUUUGAUUUAUUCUAUUAUUGUCUUUCUUUGGAAGGAAAACGAACAUACAUUUCAUGAACAUAUUGCACUUUAGAUGUUUCGUGUGAAAAUAAUUAGAGUAUAUAUAUGGCAUAUAAUAUAUUAUAUUUUUACGAUUCAACGUUCUAGUUCCUCCUUUGUGUGGUGCAGUAAGGAGAGAAAGGGAGAAGGCAGCAUCCUCUUUCUCUCUGGCAGGGAGUGGAGAGUCCAGGGGAGAACCUGUGCUUCUUCUGUUUCUGGACACUCUCCAACUGCAAGAAACUGCUGACCAAGACAAGACUGACACGCCAUGUUCCGUAUUUGAGUGUGAGUGGAAGUAGGUGAGAGAUUGCAAGAAAGGGAGGGGGAGUGUCUAUUAGUAUUCAGCUCCACUGUGGAGAGGAGAAAACCUCUUGGGAGACUGUGUCCCCCUUGGUGCUUGGUGGAUGAGGAUUUUACAGAUGGCUUGAGUGUACGGGGAACAGGACUUGGGCCCUUUGGCUGAGGAAAAGCAUGGAUUUAUUUUGGCAUACUGUUGGAGGAUCCAGAGCCAGGCUCGUACGCCUGAGUCGUGUUGAUUUGUUUAAAAAGAAAAAAAUGCAUUGUGUAUUUGAUAUCUUCAGCUCCUAACAAGGCCAAGUCUUGUACUCUGUUCAGUUCCUCUCCUCCCUGUGCACCAGUCUGUCUGUCUCAGAGGGCUGAAGAGCUGCUGCUGCCCCCCAGUGGUCUAAACAGAGUGGAUCCCUAUGCCACUGGCUGUGGUUGCUAUGGGAGUAAGUAUUAUUGUGACACAAACCAGGAAGGAUACAACCAUGACCGGGACCAUGGAUGGGGAUCUGUGCUGCACAAUGGCAAACGUAUUUAUGUUGUGUGUGUGUGUGUGUUUCUGUAAAUAUGACCCGACAUGCACAAGCUGAGGUCCUCUCGUCGUGAUCCCCGUGCUUCUUUUCUUCUGCCAGUCGGGCAAGGUGGGAUGCAGUUCCUGCGUAGAUAUUUUAAACUGCUUCCUUCUCUCCCCCUUACCCUGCCCCAAAUCAUCCUUCUCCUCCUUCGCCUCCUCCUGGCUCUCUCUUUCUCUGUGAUUAUGUCUUCUCUAAAUGCAUGAUGGGACGCGAGGCAGUGUUUAUUUAUUGCUCCCCAGAGCAGAAGCUUAGUGGGAUGGGAUAGGAUCAUCACCCUGUUCGUCCAUCCGUCGACCUCCAAAUAUUGGCAGCUACGAGUCGAGUCGCCCUCUGCCCAUUUGACUGACUUCUUGACCUCGUUAUGGGUCUUGUUCAUCAGGGCACACAAAGGAAAACGUUUUGAAACUAAAAGGAACAUUUCUUAUAGGACAAGUCUUAAGUAGUGGCUCCCUGUUUCAGUCCGUUUUCUUCUGUUUGGUGCCUAACGAACACGACCCAGUUCAGAGGUUGCUGUGGGAACAGAGGGUGGAGUCUGUAUCGGUGUCAGUCGUGAGUGUGUAGGGUGUUGGUGGUGUAUCGGUGUUGAAAAGUGUUGUCACUGUUUUCUGUGUUGAAAAGCAGACAUUGGAUGCAGUGUGUGGUAUAUAUAAUAUAAACACAUGUAUGCAAUCUCAAUAAAAAGAGGACCAGGCAAGGAUGAUACAGCAUAUUAUGCAUUAAAAAUGGUUUUAUUGAAGAUGCUGAAGGCAUUCAUACGAUACAAGUACAAGCAAACACUUAUGCACACACAAACACACAUGCACUUGUCAAAUGUUUACUCCAUACUCACACAUGCUUACGCACGCACGCACGCACGCACGCACGCACGCACGCACGCACACACACACACACACACACACACACACACACACACACACACACACACACUCUCUGUGGUAGUUUCUGGUGCAAUAACAAAUGAACUCAACCCUGUUGUGUUAUGUAAUAUAUAAUGAAAUAUGCUAUUUAGCAGAUGCUUUUAUUCAAAGCGACUUAGUCAUGCAUGCAUACACUUUACAUAUGGGUGGUCCCGGGAAUCGGACCCACUAUCCUGGCGUUGCAAACGCCAUGCCGGGAUGGGAGCUCUACACCUGUAUUUGUCUUGUGCAACUCUUCUGAACUCCAAGGACAUUUUGAAAAGUAGUCUUGGAGAAAGUGGCCAUAUAUUUCACUUUUAAAUCUCACUUCAUUUAUUCCAUUCCUAAAACGUUAUUCUAUUCAUGUGAUGGCAAAAUCAUUUUUUUUUGCCAUGGGUUUUAGUUGUUGUUAUUACAUAUUAACUAAGGGAUGUGUAUUGUGUCAUUUUAACAAUACAUUUUGAAAUGAAUGGAAUAGUCAAUAUCUUUUAAGUUUCAAAAUGUAUUAUCACUAGGUGGGGAUGAGGCUCUCCUGUAGGGUCAGAUCCAUGUUGUCAGUAAGCACUGCACUGCACUAUACUGAUGUUGAUUAUAGCUCUGUAUGCAUACAGUGUCAUAUCUCACUAGAUACCCACUGCUGUUGUUUACCUGUCAAAGAGAACUUGAGUGGAAGUGACCACAAACUUGACUGCACUGCAGAGCAUGCAUGAACACAACACACACAUACAUUCACUUGUUCAUUGCACUCACACACACAUACACUCUUUGUUUCUGUUGUUACAUACACAAUUAUGUACAACCUCUUGAGUAAAUGUGACCUGGUUCACUGUGAGCGAAGGGUCAUAAGGUCAUUCAUCCAAAUUGAUAAAGACCUUUUGGUAUGGAGUUAUUAAGAAAACAACUUAAAUUUAAGACAUUGGUGUGUAACUUGAAUGUAUUUGUCUUGCUAUAAGUGGAUGUAUCCAACCAAUGCAUUUUACUGUAAAGCAAUAAUCAUCUAAAUAUUUUAAAAUAAUUCUGUAUAUUGUUAUAUGAAUCAUGAUUAUCUAAAGAAUCAUAUGGUGGACACAUUAAAUAAUACUGUUCAUAAAUGCCUAUGGUUCUCUCUAAAUGUAUUUCUUUGAUCCCGUAAUGCACACUUAUUUUAUGGUUGAUGGCUUGAAUGGUAUUGUAUUGUUAUGGAAUUGACUCCACUGUGAGGUCAAAGAUGGUUUAGAAAAUCUGUGGUGAGAUUUCUGAUCCAGUAUUGUCUUUAUUCUCACAAAAAGAAAACCCAAAUAUAAAACAUCCAAGGUAAGUGACAAUGAUUCAUAACGCAGAUUAGAUGACUGAUGGGGCACUGUUUUGAAGCCACUGCGCCUCCCAUCUUUGCACUCCCCAACCAUUGUCAAUAAUAAAUAAAUGAAU